UCUGAAGCGAGAACAUGUGAAAACCCCAAUAGGCCCCUCCUGCCUUUCCCUUCAAGCCAACACAAUCAAAAUCGGUCUGUGUUUUCUCCCUUUCUCGCUGCGCUUCGAUCAAACUCUACUACACACCCAGAUCUCUCGUCACAACUUUCUAACCGGUUUUUAAUCAUGAAGCUUGAUACUAUUGGCCUUGAAUCGUUUUCUACUCAAAUUGAACCCUUCGAUGGCACUGCUGGAGACUUUUCACCUGCUCCAGCAUUUGAGCUUCCGAAUUCAACUGAUUUUGACGGCUUUUUGAAAGAAGCUAUUCAGAUGGUGAAGCCCGCCAAGGGUACCACCACUCUUGCUUUUAUAUUUAAGGAGGGGGUCAUGGUAGCUGCGGAUUCUCGGGCUAGUAUGGGAGGUUAUAUUUCAUCUCAAUCCGUGAAGAAAAUUAUUGAAAUUAAUCCAUAUAUGCUUGGCACAAUGGCUGGAGGAGCUGCAGACUGCCAAUUUUGGCACAGAAAUCUUGGGAUCAAGUGCCGGCUGCAUGAAUUGGCAAAUAAGCGAAGGAUCUCAGUUACAGGAGCCUCGAAACUACUUGCAAAUAUUUUAUACUCCUACCGUGGAAUGGGGUUAUCUGUUGGAACCAUGAUUGCUGGAUGGGAUGAGACGGGUCCUGGUUUGUAUUAUGUUGAUAGUGAAGGGGGAAGAUUGAAAGGCACGCGUUUCUCUGUUGGAUCUGGGUCACCAUAUGCUUAUGGUGUAUUGGACAGCGGGUACCGCUACGACAUGUCAGUUGAUGAAGCUGCUGAAUUGGCCCGACGAGCAAUUUAUCAUGCAACAUUUCGUGACGGGGCUAGUGGUGGAGUUGCUAGCGUUUAUCACGUGGGACCUGAUGGGUGGAAGAAAUUGUCCGGUGAUGAUGUUGGGGAACUACAUUACCACUACUACCCUGUCACUCCAAGUACAGUGGAACAAGAAAUGGUGGAGGCAACUGGAGCGUAAUGCAAGUUACUCAUGGAUGUCAAUUAUUUCAAGCAUCUUUUACUUUGUCUUGUAUUCAAUAGCAUGAAACUUCGUUAUUGUUUUAUGUUUGGAAUUUGACAGAAAUUUAAUGUUUUUAUUUGCUGACUCCAAAUCUUCCGAUCCCCCUUGCACAUCUCUCAUUUGUGCCCCCCUCCUUCCCAAAACAAAAAAGGAGAAAGUUUUAUUUUUUUAAGGUGUAAAUUUAUCUUGAGAAACUUUUCUUUUAA